CAAAAGCCAACCGGUUCUUUCUUUUGGAAAUCGAAACCCUAGGGUUAGGGUUUUCAGAGAAAAUUUUCCCAAUUUUCAGACUGCGGGAGGCAAAAGAUGGGAGGAAAGUGUCCACACAGAAGGGUGAAGAAGAGAAGAUAUUCUCACAAAACGUUUCGUCGCGAUAAAUUCCUUGUUAAAGGUGAUGAUGCUGUUUAUGACGAGCUUAAGAAACCAGAGGAUGAGAAGGUGGCAUUGCCAUUAGAUGAAGAUCUUCCUGGGAUGGGUCAAUACUACUGUUUACACUGCGAUCGGUAUUUUGCGAACAUCACAGUGAGAGAUGACCAUUUCAAGACGAAAAAGCACAAGAAGCGAUUGAAGAUAAUGGCGGGUCCCGCACCACACACACAGCUCGAUGCUGACCUGGCAGCUGGAAUGGGCAUGCCCGAUAAUGGACCAAAGUUAAUGUCCAUGUGAGCUUAGUUUCUCUGUUUUUGUCGAUACUUUAUGUUUCUUGAAUUCAAUAUGCAAUGUAAGAAGAAUCAAACCUUCAAAACACAAAUCAAUAUCAUAGAAGUAAUAUUAUUAUUAUUCAUCUUCUUGUUAAA